AUGGCUCCUAUUGCUCUGGAACGCGAGGACAAGGCGCGUGAUGCUGCCUUCAACAAUGCCUUGCACGGCAAAUCUGCCAAGGCUCGCGGGGGUCUGACUGCCAUGCGCGGCAAGGAUGCUGCUGCCCAGAAGGCCGCCGUCGACGAGUACUUCAAGCACUGGGAUAAUAAGGGCCACGUCGAAGAAACCGAGGAGGUUCGGGAGGCUCGCCGCAAAGAGUACGCCACGUUGACCCGACACUAUUACAACCUGGCCACCGAUUUCUACGAGUACGGUUGGGGCAGUUCCUUCCACUUCUGUCGCUUCGCCUAUGGCGAGCCCUUCCAACAGGCCAUCGCUCGCCACGAGCACUACUUGGCCAUGCGCACCGGCAUCACUGAGGGUAUGAAGGUCCUCGAUGUUGGCUGUGGUGUCGGUGGCCCAGCCCGUGAGAUCGUCAAGUUCACCGAUGCCCACGUUACCGGCCUGAACAACAACGACUACCAGAUUGACCGUGCCACCCACUACGCCGUGAAACAGGGUCUGUCCGACAAGAUGACCUUCGUCAAGGAUGACUUCAUGCAGAUGAAGUUUCCCGACAACACCUUCGACGCCGUCUACGCCAUCGAGGCCACCGUGCACGCCCCCGAGCUGGUCGGUGUCUACAGCGAGAUCUUCCGUGUCCUCAAGCCCGGCGGCAAGUUCGGUGUCUACGAGUGGUUGAUGACCGACGAGUACAACAAUGACGACCCUGAGCACCGCCGCAUCCGCCUUGGUAUCGAACAGGGUGACGGUAUCUCCAACAUGGUCCGGGUCUCCGAGGGUCUGAAGGCUUUCCAGGACGCCGGCUUCAUCCUCGAGCACCACGAGGAUCUUGCUCAGCGCCCCGAUCCUACCCCCUGGUACUACCCGCUGGCGGGCUCCUUCAAGCACAUGGGUUCCAUCUGGGACUUCUUCACCAUUGCCCGUAUGACCUGGUGGGGCCGUGGCCUCGCCCACCGCUUCGUCGGUGCCGGUGAGACCAUUGGCUUAUUCCCCCGCGGCUCCCAGAAGACCGCCGACAGUCUGGCUUUGGCUGGCGACUGUCUGGUCGAGGGUGCCCAGAAGAAUCUCUUCACUCCCAUGUACUUGAUGGUCGGUAAGAAGCCUGAGGCGUAA